AUGUACACACAGACACAUGUACGUACAUACACACACAUGUACAUGAACACACACACAGACACAUGUACACACACACAUACAUGUACGUACACAGACACAUGUACAGAUAUACACAUGUACAGACACACACACACACACCGAGCCCUAUAAAAAAUUGCAGUACUUCGUUGUACACUCACAGAGCUGGGUACUGCACUCUAGGGGGAGGCAGAGAGCACAGCACACAGUCCUUCCUUUGCUUUCACUGCGCUCAGCUAUUUAGCAGUCUGACGGCUUCCAGUGCCAAUGACAGAUCCAGCCUGAGCUCCGAGCUUGCUCAGCAAGACGGCCCUGGGGAACACAUUCGCCCCCAUCAUAAUUUCCACUCGCCAUUGGCGAGCAGGCGAGUGGAAAUUUAAAGACCUGCUCUAAACCACAUGCUGAU